UCCGGGACCAUGGUGACGACUACCUGGCUCUGUUCGACAGCAGCUCAGACGGACGCAGGAAACUGGCCAGUCUGAGUAAAGCCUCCCGGACAGAACCCAUGGAACAUUCUGGUACGACGACACCCAGGGCGUUGGCCGUGGCGUCCAGCUCCAGGAGCGCCGGCAGCGUGGACUCACCCACCGGCCUCAAGAAGAGGGAGCUGGGAUUCUCCCUGGCAGCCACGUUUACCGCCAACAACAGGAGCAACAAAGGUGCCAUGGGGAACUCUGUGACCACCUUACACAACAACUACUCUGAGAAACCACUGACGCCCAAGAGCUCCAACCAGAAACCCUCCUUCAAUAACAUCCUCAAGGCCAACGACGAGGUGUCGCUGGAGAACGGCUCACUCACCAAGUCCCAGAAGAACUUCUCGUCGUCGUCGUCCACGUCCAACAACAACACCCCGCUGUCGGCCCAGCGGGACAGUCCGGUCCCGGUCCCGUUUCCGGUCCGGAGGAGGGAGGUCAGCGAGGAGGAGGCUGAGAGGUUCAUCGAGCAGGUGAACCAGGCGGCCGUCACCAUCCAGCGCUGGUACCGACGUUACGCCAAGAGACGACGCACCAACCAGGCGGCGCUCAAACGCAUCCUCAGCACCAAGAGAAAGGAGUGGGAGGACAGAGCAGAAGAAGAAGAUGUCCAUCUGGAACAACAGCAGAAGAAGAAGGACGAGGACAGGAAGAGGAUUCGGGAGGAGAAGGCUCGUCUGGCUCGACUCGCCGCCAUCCAGGAGCUGCAGCAGAAGCGCAGCCAGCGCUCCGCACAAACGCCCGAACCGGGGACCGAAGCAGAAACGCUCAGACACAGCGGACGCAAGAGGGCGCCCAAGACCUCCACCAACAAGAGUCCAGCACCAGCCAGGAACAACAGCCCCCUGUCCCCCAGCCCCAGCAAAGCCAAGAACACAGACUCCAACCUGAACGUCAUCUCUGACUUCAGUGAGCUGUCCUUCAGAGCCAUUUCACCUGCUUUGUCCAAUCACAGAGGGUCUGAGUGCUCCCAGGAGGAGCAGGUAGAAGACGGGCUCUGUGUGGUUCAGCAGGACGGAGACAUGGUCCGAAAAGACAAAGUCCGGCAGUUUCACAUCACGUCCACUCAGGAGCUGCAGCAGAAGCGAAGCCAGCGCUCCGCAGAGACGCACCGUGAACCGGAGACGGAAGCAGAAACGCUCAGACACAGCGGACGCAAGAGGGCGCCCAAGACCUGUCCCACCAACAAGAGUCCAGCACCAGCCAGGAACAACAGCCCCCUGUCCCCCAGCCCCAGCAAAGCCAAGAACACAGACUCCAACCUGAACGUGGUCUCAGACUUCAGUGAAGUGUCCUUCAGAGCCGUUUCUCCUGCUUCGUCCCACCACAGAGGGUCUGAGUGCUCCCAGGAGAUCCUGCAGAGGUCGGUGAGCGUGGAGGACCAGCGCCAGGGGGCUCUGUCCAGCAGGGCUCAGUCCAAAACCACCCUGAACGAGCUGCUGGACACGCUGAAGCUGCUGGAGGAGGAGCCAGAGCGACUGUCGGAGCCAAAGUCCUACCGCAAAGACAAGUACGCCUGGAUCGACCAGGACGGAGACGCCACCUCGCUGACCGCCGACAACCUGGAACGCCACGGGCAGAUGAGCCUGCACCCCGCCCUGCCAGACGGGGGCGCUCUGCUGUCCGAGGCCAAGCUGCAGAGCAUCAUGAGCUUCCUGGACGAGAUGGAGAAAUCUGAACAGGAGAGGCCGCGCUCCGUCACCUCGGGGUCGCACAGAGAGGCGGUUUUAUCGGAGGAGGAGCUGGUGGGCGCGGAGCAGGCGUCGGCCACGGCGGCCGAACUCAGCGGCUCCAUGAUGAGGACCAAACUGGAGCUGGAGGAGAAGAAACGCACCGUCCACAUGCUGCAGACGGCGCUGGCCCAGCAGAGGGAGCUGACCACCAGACAUGUGAAGGACACCGAGAAGGAGCUGAGCAGGAGCUUCCAGCUGCAGAAGGAGCAGUACGAGGCCACCAUCCAGAGACACCUGGCCUUCAUAGACCAGGUAGACCACCAGAGCAGCCCCAGAGCAGAUCUAGACCGGGUAGACCACCAGAGCAGGUCCAGAGCAGGUGGACCACAAGUACAUGCAGAAGAUCUCACAGAUGCAGGAGGACAGCAUGACAUGGUUUGGCAAAUUCUGGGUCCGUUGUGUGAGGAGAUCAAGAAGCUGAAGGAGCUGAUGAGCGCCACCGAGAAGGUCCGCCGCGAGAAGUGGAUCGACGAGAAAACCAAGAAGAUCAAGGAGAUCACAGUGAAAGGUCUGGAGCCGGAGAUCCAGAAGCUGAUCUCCAAACACAAACAGGAGCUGAAGAGGCUGCGGACGCUGCACGAGGCCGAGCUGCUGCAGGCCGACGAGCGGGCGGCGCAGAGGUUCGUCCGGCAGAGCGAGGAGCUCCGGCAGCAGCUGGAGAAGGACAAGGACGAGCAGUGUCAGAGGGAGCGAGACGCCGCCAGACAGAGGUAUGAGAAGCAGCUUCAGGAGGAGGAGUUAUCUCUGCAGCAGCAGAGGAGGAGACUCUACAAAGAAGUGGCCGACGAGAAAGACCGGCUGGCCCAGAUGGCUGAGAGGCAGCGGGCCGAGCUGGAGGACGUACGACGGCAGCUGGAGGAGAACAGCUGUUUGGCCGAACGAGCCCUGAGACGAGAACUGGACCAGAACCGAGACGAGCAGGAGGAGAGACACCAGGCGGAGAUGAAGGCGCUGCAGGAGCGACUGGAUGCAGAAAAACAGGCCUGGGAGGAGAACUACAAGCACAAAGAGGAGGAGCUGCUCAAAACCCAGGCCGUCGCUCUCAAACACGAGAUGCGACGGAAGAACGACCGCGAGCUCAACCUGGCGAUCCUGGCGAUGGAGGCGGAGGUGACCAAGGACAAGGAGGAGUGCGAGAGGGCGGCGGAGAACAGGGUGAAGCGCGUCCGCGACAAGUACGAGGCGGAGCUGAAGGAGCUGGAGCGCUCGGAGAAGGCGGCGGUGGAGAAGCAGCAGGAGCUGAGGAAGCGUCAGCUGGAGACGGAGGGAGAGCUGAUCCGCCUGCAGAGUCUACUGAGGCAGAAGGAGCAGGAGGUGGAGGACGUCACCAAGGCCAGAGACAAGAUGGCCGCCGAGCGCCGCAGCCUGGCCGAGGUCAUCCGGCAGGACUUCGCCGACCGGCUGGUGCUGACAGAGGAGGAGAACCGGCGGAUGAAGGCGGAGGUGUCGGAGGUCAGAGCCCGCCUCCGGCUGGAGGUGGAGAGGGUGACGAGGGAGAAGGAGGAGGAGCUGGCGGAGGUGCACCAACGGGUGAAAGCGGCCAUUUUAAAGAAAGAUGAAACUGUCAAUAACCUCCGGAAGCAGCACGAGGCUGCCGUGAAGAGGGCGGAGCAUCUGGAGGCCCUAUGGGAGCAGCAGAGGAAGCAGCUCCUGGAGAAGUGAACCGGACCGGACCGGGUCAGCCCGUCCUGGACCCACCUGAUCUGCCCUGAUCCCAGAGCCCCCCCCACCACCCCCACCCCCCAGUCCAGACCUGUGGAUCUGCAGACGUCGUCCUCUACCUCAUGUUAAAGUCUAACGUGGACCAGGACCAGGACCAGGUGGACCUGCUCCUCUUCUUCAUGUGUAGUUCCUCUGUGACUCCCCCUCCCCCUCUCCACGUGGGGGUGGGGGGGCGGCAGGAAUGCAUCGCUGUUCCUGGGAGACCAGUUCCAGAUGUUUCUGAGACCAGCCCAGACCUGCUCCGCUCCAGGGUGAAAACAGGACUGUGAAGGACUAGAUCUGACUCUGAACCGCCCCCCAUACCCCCGCCUCCCCCCCACCCCCGAAGUCCCCCUGUCCUCUGUCGAGUCAUGUGUUCAGUCCUGAGGCGGAGCUAAUUACAGGAU